ACGACCGCUCGUCCGUAUCCCUGACUCCUAUCACAGCGCCAGCUCCAUCUUUCGUCUGCCAAUCAUAUGAGCAAGUCUAUCUUUCGUAAUUCAAUCAAAUGCCCGUAUCCAUCUUUCGCCGAACAAUCACGGAGCGAAGAUCAUCUUUCGACGAGCCGGCCAAUCAGGGCUCGCUCUCGAUCUUUUGGUGAGCCGCCAAUCAGGGCUCACUCUCCAUCUUUCGAUGAGCCGGCUACUCGGGAGCAAAGCUGGGGCCGGGAGCUAGAUGUCAAAGAAGAGGUACGCUCCGAAAGAACGGCGAAAAAUACCGGCGAAAAGAGUUCAAGAUGUCUGGAAAGUCACAUAAGGCCAUGGAUGAUGCCCACUGGCACAAACGCCUGCAAAAGUUUGCAGACACCGGUGUUUGGUCUUCCGGUGAGGGCAACAGACCCGCACCCCGCCAGAAAAAGUGGCACAGCUACUAUCAAAUGAUAGAGAAGUGCCCUCUCCAGUUGAGAGGACAGGCUACCCUUGUUCAAGGACCUCAGAGCUGUUCUUGUGGCUUUCACAAGGCAAGGGAGCAUGCUAGGGCUUUAUCAUCUGGGGGUGUGCAACCUCAAUCCAGUCAGUCCACAGCAGGACUGACCGGAUCCACAGCCACUGCAUGCACAGCUGGUCCAUCAACGGGAGCAAGUCCUGUAAAAAAGACCAAACUGGUUUUGUCCAUGUUUGAAAGAUCGAGGUUUGGCUCCCACGUUCACACGCCAAAACCAAACCUCAAUGUCCAGAGAAAAAACGUUCCUCGGACACAAAGUAACCCUGGCUCUGCUGCUGCCACCACUUCCCAAUCUCCAUCUUCAUACAACCCUCCAUCUCCUCACCAUUCCCCAUCACCUCGCCAUUCCCCAUCUCCUCACCAUUCCCCAUCUCCUCACCAUUCCCCAUCUCCUCACCAUUCCCCAUCUCCUCACCAUCCCCCAUCUCCUCGCCCUCGUACCCCUGUGUGCCCAUCCCCAUCUGACUUUUUCCUAGCUCCACCACCAGCUGUGAAAAGACCAGCCCCAGUUCUCCCCGUGCCAGUGCAUGUGGCUGAGAUGGACCCUCAGGACCCCCUUCAGCCACAGUCUUCUGGGGCACUCCCACUCUUGUGGCCAGAGACCCUCCCUGUGCAAGAUCACAAGUGGGUGUCUGCAGCUCUUUUUAAGGUUGGAGCAAGUGGAAAGCUGGAGCUGCGUGACUCCCUACAGCUUUGGUACAAUCCUCCACCACCAGCCCUGUUGUACCACCAGGCUCCCACCCCUGACCGUUUCUUCUCCCACCGUCUCUUCCUGUGGAUGCCAUAUAGGCUGUGGAAGGUGCGGUUUGUUUGUACCAACCCUAGCUGUACAAGACAUCCACUAGCUGGGGGUGGCUUGCACAGGAGAGUCAGGAAGGUGCUAGACAUAGACUGCUUCUAUGUCCUUGCUACAGAGACACUGAUCUGCAGCAAGUGCAGAAGCAGCUAUGUCUCUACUGGUCAAAACAUCCUCCAGCAACUUGACCUGGCCCACCGAUCCGAGUUCAGGGUCAUCCUUACACGCAAGUACGCCUGUGACAUACGUGUCAUUCGCCUCAUGCGUGAACGAACACUUGGAAAUGGGCCUGCACGAAUCGUCAGACAGCUGAAGGAAAACCACAGUGAGGAGUGGCUCCAGCAUGUAGGCAGAUACACCUCUGAGUGUGUUGCCUUCAUGUCCAACCCUAGCCUGCUGCCACACAAUUUCCAGGAGCCCCCACAGCCAGAAGUUAUCCCCAGCUACAAAUGGAUCCUGACUGUUUACAGCCACGAUAUCCUCAACAGGCUCGAGGAUAUCAAUGCUCAUAUCACCAGCACAUACGGAUCCAUUUUGAAGCUGGACUCAACUAAAAAGAUCACUAAGAAGCUGACAGGGCCUGCUAAAGGCACGGCACAAUGGCUGACGUCAGUGGGAAAUGAGGUGGGCCAGGUCCUCAUCAGCGUCCUGACGGCAAAUGAAGGUCCUGGAUUGGACCAGAUGGCUGCAGGCUUGAUACAGAGGUAUCAGAAGGCAGGUGUGGCUCCCCCCAUUGCUUUGUAUGUGGACUGUGGCUGCUGCAAAGAAGGGGGUGAGACAAAACUGAAGAUGCGCUUCAGUGGGUGGCCAGAUCUCAUUGUUCGCCUUGAUAUCUGGCACUUUAUGCGGCGGCUGGCAGUAGGCUGCACCACAGACGCCCAUCAACUGUAUCCCACUUUUAUGGCCCGCAUGUCAGCAUGCAUUUUUGAGUGGGAUGCAGGGGAUGUGGCUCUGCUACGAAGGGCCAAGAAGGAGCAGCUGAUGCAGCAGAACUGGCCUGCACUUUCUGAGAGGGAGCUGGACCGCCACAUAACCAAGGCAGAGCUGGCCUUGCACUGUAGGAGGAGGACCAGAGGAGAGGCAAAAACUAUUCUCCUCCUUGAUCAGCUUCUGUGGGAGCUCAUGAGUGACAAGGGGAAGGAUGCACUCGGUGUUCCCCUGUUUAACAUCCAGAGGAUGCAGCACAUCUGGAAAACCCAGAAGCGGCAUGUGACAUGCAUUCAGGAUCCCCAAGAUGUGUCACUUUACACAGAAACAGGAACUGUGUCGAAGGGAGGUGUCCAACUAAAAAAAUACAGAUGUGCGAGGGGCUCCACAUCCCUGGAAUCCUUCCAUUGCCACCUCGUACGAUUCGUUCCAGGAAACAGCGCCAAUGCUUUGAAUUUUCAAAUUUACCUCCUGGAUGGCCUGCACCGCUGGAACCAGAACCGUGCUGCUGAAGCUAUUGCAACUGAACCAUCUCCGCUGCAUAGUUACACAGGAGAGUUGGUUCAUUGCUUCAACAGCCAGUACGAGCAAGUGUUUGGCAGGAAACUGGAUCCUACCUUUGUGCCACCUGCUAAAUACACAGGGGAGCUGAUUGGUUUGCAGUAUUUGCUGCAGCAAAACAAUGAGCCACUGCAAAACAUGCAGAGCAGUUGCGUGGAGACCUCCGAGCAGCUGGAGGACCUGGAUGUGGAAGAGCAAGGGGAAGAUGAUGAGGGAUUCAUUGAGGAAGUGGGCCAAGAAGCCACUGUGGCAGAACUGGUGGUAUGCGAGGAGGUUCAGCCACCCAGUACCUCUCCUACCCCCAGCACUUCCUUGACAUCCAGCAACUUGUCCCCUAAAGCGCCUCUCCACCCACCAGCAGAGCUCUCUCCUCCAGCUCCUGUUGCUCCUCCAACUCCUGUUGCUCCUCCAACUCUUGUCCCUCCUCCAGCUCCUGUUGCUCCUGCAGCUCCUGUUGCUCCUGCAGCUCCUGUCUCUCCUCCAGCUCUUGUCCCUCCUCCAGCUCCUGUUGCUCCUCCAGCUCCUCCAGCUCCUGUUGCUCCUCCAGCUCCUGAUCCACAUGCCCCUACCCAAGCUGUGGAUGCAAACAGCCUGCCUGGGAUGGAUAGAGUGGAUGCUCUUGCUGAGUACCUGGUGGAGCUCCGCCAUCAGACAGGUCUCACUCUGACCAAUCAGCAGGCCUACACCAUCGUCAGUCUGUGGCAGAAUCUCACAGAUUUUGAUAAGCAGCGGGUGGUGUAUGCAGCUCGACACCAAGAGAGGCUGUUGACUGGUCGCUUCAGAACCCCAAAACAGCAGUCGGGUUUUACCCCUGGAGUGGAUAGCACAAAGAGGUGUGUCAUUGGCUCAAAAGGCUCCCCUGCACAGUGGCCAAGCUGCUGCAGACUCAUUGAGACCAUCUUUGUCAGGCUUUGUGACAUCCAUAGAAGCCCCAAAAAGAAGGAGAAGGAAAGCCUGUCAAGAUGGUCUCUUAUCCUGCAGGACUACAGGAAAAUUAGGCAGCUGCUGCUUGGCAACGGAGUGGUGAUGGAGCAGACUACUCUUCAACCUGUUGAGGUAAAUCAGAACACCGUGAUACAGUGGCACAAUAAACGGCUGAAAAAUCAAGAGGUUGGAGUUCUUUUGAAGGAUGUGCAGCUGCCUGAAGCACGGCCACUGGCACCUGUACCUUUACUGCCUGCCAGACUGCAGCCCCUGUUUCCCGUUCAGCAUCACCAUCCCGAUCAGCUGCAUAAAUAUGUGUUGCCAGCUAAUACAGCAGGUCAAGCCAGGAGGAAGAUCCGGCAGGCUCCAGCCACCUUUGUCCAGCCUCCAGCUGCCUUCAUCCAGCCUCCAGCCACCUCCUUUCAGCCUCCAGCUUCCUCCAUCCAGCCUCCAGCCACCUCCUUUCAGCCUCAUGCUGCUUUCAUCCAGCCUCCAGCCACCUCCUUUCAGCCUCAUGCUGCUUUCAUCCAGCCUCCAGCCACCUCCUUUCAGCCUCAUGCUGCUUUCAUCCAGCCUCCAGCCACCUCCUUUCAGCCUCUAGCCCCCUGCAUCCAGCCUCCAGCCACCUCUUUUCAGCAUCCAGCUUCCUCCAUCCAGCCUCCAGCCACCUCCUUUCAGCCUCUAGCCUCCUGCAUCCAGCCUCCAGCCACCUCCUUUCAGCCUCCAGCUUCCUCCACCCAGCCUCCAGCCACCUCCUUUCAGCCUCUUGCCUCCUGCAUCCAGCCUCCAGCCACCUCCUUUCAGCCUCCAGCUUCCUCCAGCCAGCCUCCAGCCACCUCCUUUAAGCCUCAUGCUGCCUUCAUCGAGCCUCCAGCCUCCUGCAUCCAGCCUCCUGCAUCCACAUCCAGCCAUCCUCCAGCCACCUCCAUCCAGUUAAUACCGGGGCCCAGGCCCAUUCAACCAAGGCCCAUAGCUGCACAGCGGCAGCUGUUUCCCGCAGCUCAACCUGGACCUGCUGUGCCACCGUUGCCCCCCUGCCCUGCCCCUGGGUCAUCCACCUCCUUGGCCGACAAACCCCAGCAAACUACAAAAAAAAGGAAAUACACACGCACAGCAGUAUCCAAUGUGUGUAAGAAGUGCGGUUCCUUCCGUACACAAGAAACUGGCCACAGCCAGUACAAGGGUAAAAUAUACUGCCCCGAAAGAGAAACUUGUACAAGGGAGGAAUGGCUAGAGGCCAUGCAGAAGGCAGCUUUUGAGCGAAGCCUUAACAUAAAGUUUUAAAAAAAAAAAAGAGUUAAAUGUGUAUAUAUGUAUGUAUGUAUAUGUUGCUUGUUUAAAGAUUUUUUUUAAUGUUAGUUAAUACUUUAUUA